AUGCCAUUAUUGUGAGUUUUUCUUCAAAGAGAAAAUGCGAGAAUUUUGAAUUGGACCUGAUUAAGAUUUUAAAAUUGAACCAAAUUUUAAUAGGUGUAAGACCUUCCAAAUUUUCCUUCAUUACUUUUUGAUGUAUCAAUCAUGAGUUCGGUCUGGUCCGAUUUAUUUUUGAUAGUUUUAUUCCUAUUUAAAAAGUGGUCAUCUUGAUCAGUUUCAAAAAUUCCCAAAAUAAAGUAUCCACAAACCAACCAACCAAAAAUCAUAGAAUCCUUCUUCCAGAUUUUUAAUACAAUUUCUCACGUUUUGCUCAAUUCCAGUGCUUGCCAGUGAUUUUGGAGUGUCGUUGGGUGAUUUUGCGGUGACUCAAGUGCUUGAACAUGUGACGAAUAAGUUUUUGGAGGAAACUAGAGUGGCUGAUGUGAGUUUUUUAAAGGGAGAUGGGUUUUUUUAUUUGGAAAAUUGAGAAAAGAAAAAUUGUGCCUACUUUAUCGAAGUGGUUUGAUUUUGAAAAAAAGCUGAAUUUUUUGAGUUUAUCUCCAAAUUUUGAAUUAAAAAUUGAAAUUUUAAAAAUAAAAAAAUAUUCAAAGAACUCUGAAAAAUAAUUUUUAAAAAAUAUUGUUAUCUGAAAAUUGUGAAAAUGGAUAUGAAGCUAUACAUUUCAUCUUGUUCCUUUGAACUGUUUUCCAAAAAGUACACGGACUGUUAUGGCGCCAAAUGUCUUUUCCAAUUCCAAUCCAUCUUUUCUCCAUAUUUUCCCGUGUACAUAUUUUCUCGUCUAAUCGUAUAAAUCUUCUCGUCUCAUCUUUUUUUUCCUUCUCCGAUUAUUAAUAAUAUACAUUUUGAAAUAACAAAUCAACAAUCGACGGAUCGGUUAAUACGAUAAAAAGGGCACCAGAUUUUCGAAUUUUCGAUGUGAUUUAAUUAGUUGUUCGCAUUUCAUUGUUAACUUCCAACACCAGAAAAAAAAAACACUAAAUUAAAUAUUAUCUCGAGAUUUUGACCUCAUAAAUAUAAAUUAUAAGGUAUCGAAAUCUUCUUCUUUUUUUCAAGGAUUACCCGAUUUCUUCUCCUCAUCUUUUUCUUCUUUUUUAGUAAUCGACCGAACAAAUCCACUAUUGUUAUGGAAGAAAAAGGGGAAAAAGUGAAAGUAGGUCAAAUGUUUCGAAAUAGUUUGGGGUAUUGUUGUAUUAUUUCGAAAAAGGCAAGGUUAUCCGAAAUUUUGAAAUUUAAUGACCUCAUCAAGUUUUUCGAGGGAAAAAAUGAUUGAAUAAGUGGGGUUUUUGAAAUAUUUCAAGUGGAUGAGACGAAAAUAUUUUACAAUAGAAAGGAGAAAAAUGUCUAAUUUUGGGAAAAAAACGAAACAACGUGGCAAUUCAAAACUUAUUGAAAUUAAAACGUGAACUGUUUUAAAUUUUCAUUUCAAAUUUUUCUUGUGAAUUUGGCAUUUCUAGUUAUUUUGAACUAGAAAAUCUAGAUUUCUGUUGAAAUUUUCACGAACUUUUGAAUUUUUGGAUGUAUUCUUGUGAGAAUUCUAAAAUGCUGUGAUAAUCAUUAAAAAAAAUAAGUGAAUUGAUAAGUGAGUCCCCUCAUUCUUCAUUUUUUCAGAUUCUGCUGAAAACCAAAGAAGAACCAAAAUUUGGCUCAUUGGCUCAUCUCAAACUCUUCAAUACCGUAUCAUAUCGUAAUAUUUCUGUCCAAUUCUUCCCAAAUCUAGUCCAUAUUCACUUUGAAAAACUACACGUCAUUUCUCAUGCAAAUAUAUCAGAUGUUUUAUGGCCAAUCGCAUUUUCUGAUAGUUUUAUCGAUUCACAUGUAAUUGUUCCAAAAGGCAAACUUCGAUUUCAAAUUGAUGAACAAAAUCAAAAAGUUGAACUUGAGACAUGUUCAUUACAUCAACCAAAUGUAUCAUUUCAUUUACGAGAUAGUUGGUUGAUAAAUAAAGGAAUGUCUGCAUUGGGAUCAAUGAUGUCAUCGAUUUUUGAAGGUGCAAUUUGUCAAAUGAUUCAUUCAUCAGCUAAUGAAUUGUCUGAAAAUCAACGAAAAAAUACGAGAAAAAGAGUGCCGAUCUUCUCGUAUUUACCCAAGAAAAUUCAAGAUCAUAUGAGUGCCAGAAAUACGACGCUUUUCUAUCGAGUAACAUCGAUUUCUGCACAAAGACAUCAAUUAUUGGUGAAUGCACAGAUUGAGUGGCAAAAUGUGGAAAAAUUGACUGAAAAAGAUGAUGCGGAAAAAUUGUUAUCCGGAUCGGAAACGGAUGGUUCGAAUUCGACGAAUAAAGUGGCAACUGUUGAAUGGAGAAAUGGAGAUUUGAUGACUAUUUGGUUGGAAGAUGCAAUUUUAAAUGAGAUUUUGGAUCAGGUGAGCAUUUUUUGCAGAAGAUACGUACAUAGUUUGUCAGAAAUUUUUAAAAGUUCAAAAUUUGCCCAGAAAAAAUUUAAUUUCAUUUUUUUAAAUAAAAAAUGCGCUGCUCAUAUUAGGCUGGAAGAAUAAUUUUUAAAAAUUUCUUAUAAAAAAAGAAAUCAUAUUAAUUUUUAAUAGAAGGUUCUCAAUUCGAUUUUUUCAGAUCGAUUGGAAUUUCGAAUGGAUGAAUGAACAAAUUCCAGUAAGCAGUCCAAUAAUUCCAGCCGAUUCCCGAGAAUUUCUAUCAACUUUAUGCACAGAAUGCUUUUUCCAAGUGAAUGUAAAUGCGAAAGGAAGGCCCACUAUUGCAGCUACAAACCAAAGUUUGGUUUUAACAAAGUGAGUUUGGGUUUCGGAAAUUCAGAGGAUUAAAAAAAUGAUUUUCAGAACUGAUCGAGUUAAUUUGCGAGUUUCGAAUCCGGAGAAAAAUGUGACUUCGAUAUUUGUUUCACUCGUUUUGACGAUUCAAGCUGAAUUAAGGCCUUCGUUUGAAAAUGGAAGAUUGAGGUGAAAUUUUUGAACAUUCAAAAAUAUUCUGAAAAGUUGGAAAAAAGUCGAUGAAUUUCAAAAUUUCUAUAAAUUUGUUCCCAAAAAAAAUCAGCAAAAACAUUUUUUUUUCACAAAAAGUUUUUUUCAGAACUGGUGUUGAACUUCUUGAUACAAAAAUCGAAAUGGAAAAUGGAGCAUUUCCAAAAGCUUGGGGCUUCUUCAUGAGUGAUUUAAUUCGAGGAAUGAUUAUGGAUAUGAUGUGGCCUGAAUUAAAAUCAACAAUUGAAGAUUUGACAUAUGCAAAAGGUCUGAAAAUCAGCAAUUAUUGUGGAAUCGAUCCACAAAAUGCGAAAAUUGAAAUUGGCGAAGGCAUUUUCUCAAUCAGCACAAGAUUAACUUUGAAUAUGUUGAGAUCUGAAACUUGUUUGAGAGAUUUAUCAAGUUCUUUACCAAAUACUUCGAGACUUUUUCAAAAGGCUAGCUUGAAAAAGCGCUAA